AUUACCUUGAGUCUUCAAGUAUGGGGGGAGCAUGCUCUGGAACAAAAUCAUAGGCUAAAUAGAAACUAUAAUAAUAGGAAUUAAAUAUAGUUGAUUAACCAUAUUUGAAAGUGUAAUCGAUUCCUCAAAGUUAAUCAUCAUCCAGACCUCCUGAAUAAAGAAGUGAAAGUGGAGAAUCUGUUAAGGAUCUUCUAAUUUUAUACAAAAAAUUUACAGAUUUUUUAGGAUUAGUUGGAAGUUUGGAUCAUUUACCACAACAUACAAGGGAUUAGUUGAACAAUUGUAUUAUUUAGAGAUCUAAUAUAAAUAUUCUUAUACAGAAUAGUAUCAAAAGAAUAAUGAGAGAAUAAUAAAUAAUUAAAAGGGUCGAAGAAAGUGAUUAUUAUUUAAUACAUCAUGAUGAGAAAUUCGCCAUAACAUUUACAUAAAUUAUGUAAAAAAUAUCAACCAUUAUUUUAACUGAACUGAAAGAUGAUUAAGAUUUUUAGGAGGCUUUUCCUAUGUUAAUUGUUUCAUUCGUUGAUUUAGCUUAACAGAUUACUAAUGUCCUAGAAAAUUGUUAAAAUUUCAAAACUCUCUCAUCCAAAAAAUUUAGAAAUAAACAACCAAUUACGUAAGAGAGCAAUUGUCAAAAGACAACAAAUAAGACAACUUUGUAAUAGUGAAUAUAUCUAUCAUAUUUAAAUUAGGG